AUGGUGAAAGCCUAUCUCCGGUACGAGCUGGCCAGCAGCUGGGGGGUGCUGGCCAGCAACUCGGACAUUUGCUACACCCACGAUGGAGCCCACCUCGUCACCGCUGCACUGGAAAAUGUGAACAUCUGGAAUGUGAAGCGAGCGCUAGUGGUCGAGACGCUCAAGGCGCCUGCCACCCAGUCUGGCAAGCCGGUCGGGGAGAUCACCCGACUGGCUGCCUCCCCCGUCUCCGACCAGAUCGCAGCGGGACACUCGGACGGCACGGUCCGCGUCUGGUCGCUGAGCAGCGGCGAGCUGGAGGCCACCUUCUCCGGGCACCGCUCCGGCAUCAGCGCGCUGCGCUUCAGCGCCGACGGCGCGCUGCUGGCCUCCGGCGCCCGCGACACCGAUGUCGUGGUGUGGGACGUGGGCGCUGAGUCGGGGCUCUUCCGCCUGCGCGGGCACAGUGGGGAGAUCACCGCUCUCGCCUUCCUCCCCGCCGCCGGUGCCCUGGUGUCGUCCUCUAAGGACGGGCUGGUGAAGGCCUGGGACCUGGGCACCCAGCACUGCUUCCAGACGCUGACGGGGCACCCGGGCGAGGUCUGGUCGCUGGCCGUGAGCGAGGACCAGAGGCGGCUGGUCACCGGGUCGACGGACGACCUGCUCCGCUGGUACGUGGUGUGGGAGUGCGCGGGGCGGGCGGGUGAGGAUGCGGCGCCGCCCGCCCGACUGGCGCUGCUGGACGCCGGCGGUCACCGCGCCGACGUCCGGGCGCUGGCGCUGGCAGGGGACGACUCGGUGGCCGUGUCGGCCUCCACCGCCGGGGUCAAAGUCUGGAACCCACGCACAGGGUCCUGCCUGCGCACCGUGGAGGCGGGGUACUGCACCGCGCUGCUCUUCGUCCCCGGCAACCGCCACGUCGUGCUGGGUACCAAGGAGGGGCAGCUGGCGGUCGUGGACAUCGCCGCGGGGGAGGUGCAGCUGGAGCUGGAGGCGCACACCUCCACCGUGUGGUCGCUCACUGCGCUGCCGGAUGGCAACGGUUUCAUCAGCGGCAGCGGGGACAAGGAGGUCAAGGAAUGGGUGUGGACGCUAGAGCCGCAGGAGGAUGGCCCUCCCAGGCUGGGUUUCAAACACACACGCACGCUGCAAAUGACGGACGAUGUGAUGUGCGUGCGAGUAAGCCCCAACGGGAAGCUGCUGGCGGUCGCACUGCUGGAUGCCACCGUCCGCAUCUUCUUCCUAGACUCCUUCAAGUUCUUCCUCUCCCUGUACGGGCACAAGCUGCCCGUGCUCUGCAUGGACAUCUCCUCAGACUCCACGCUGCUCAUCACCGGCAGCGCGGACAAGAACCUUAAAAUCUGGGGCCUGGACUUUGGCGACUGCCACCGCUCCCUCUUCGCCCAUGCCGACUCGGUCAUGCAGGCCGCCUUCGUCCCGGGCACGCACUACGUCUUCACGGCAGGAAAGGACGGCGUGGUCAAGUACUGGGACGCCGACAAGUUUGAGCACCUGCUGACCCUGGCGGGGCACCACGGGGCGGUGUGGGCCAUGGCGGUGUCCAGUCUCGGCGACUGGCUGCUCACAGGGUCUGCGGACCGCUCGCUGCGGCGCUGGUGCCGCACCGACGAGCCCUUCUUCGUGGAGGAGGAGCAGGAGCGGCGGCUGGAGUCUCUGUUCGAGGCCGACCUGGAGGGCGGCGACGACCGGCGCCCCGUCGGCGCGCCCGCCCCCGGGGACGAGGGGUCCGCCGCCCCCGCGGCGCGGCGCACCCUGGAGAGCGUGUCGGCCGCCGACGCGAUCGUGGAGGCUCUUGACGCCGCGGCUGCGGAGGAGGCCGCGCUGGAGGAGUGGCGCGCCGCCGCACGCUCCAACCCCUCCCUCCCCCGCCCCGCGCCCUCCCCACUGCUCCUCGGCCUGGCACCCGACGAGUACGUGCUGGCGGCCGUGCGCCGAGUGCGCGGCCCAGACCUGGAAAGCGCGGCGCUGCUCCUGCCCUUCGGCGAUGCGCUGCGCCUGCUGGGCUACGUGGCCGGUUGGCUGCGCGGGCCGGCGCGCGGCGGCGCCGCCGCGGAGCUCAUGGCCCGCCUCGUGGCCCUGCUCCUCCGCGUGCACCUGGGCCAGCUCAGUGUGACCCCGGCGGCCAGGGGCACGCUGACCGCGCUGCGCGACCUGCUGCACGCGCGCCUGGGCGGCGCGAAACGCGCGCUGGGCUUCAACCUCGCCGCGCUGGGCACGCUGGGCCGCCUGGUCGCCGAGCAGGGGCUGGGGGCCGCGGGGGUCAAGCGCAGCGCGGCCGUGGCGGGACUCUGA